UUCAUUUCUUUCUUUCUUACUCUUAAUCCCUCUUGCAUUAGCAGGUGGUUAGAAGAACAGAAGGGAAUGGCUAAUGUCUCACCCAAGGCUCCAGUGUAAGUGUGAUGCUCUGACCUUUGUGGACACUCAAAAACUUGACAAAUGAGUGGAUGUGCACUGUUUUCUCUUAUUCCAGUUCUUUCCAUGCAUGUGGAUGCUGCACUCUCUCUCUCUCUCUCUCUCUCUAACUUGGCAAAUAAGUGGAUGUGCACUGUGUUCUCUUAUUCCAAUUCGUGCCAUGCAUGUGGCUACUGCUCUCUCUCUCUCUCUCUCUCUCUCAAAUUGUUUGAAGAGUUUAAUUACUUUUUAUGUUAAUUAUAUCUGCAAAUGCGGAAGUGUGGUGUGGAUGUGUGCAUGUCUGUUGUAUAAUUUUGAUAAAUUGGUUUUAUGUCAAGAAUUCUGCUCAUUUAUGUUUUGUUUGAAGGUAUCUCUCACUACGUAUGGAUGGUCAUGUUCAUGGAAGUGGAGUUGGCUACCCUCCUUGGAAUGCCUUCUCUGUACAAUUACCACCAGCAAAAGGCCUCUGGUCAGGUAUUCUUGAUGGCAUGGAUGGAAGAGUCCUCUAGGUUGAGAUAAAGAAUAUGAAUUCGUUCUCCGCAAUGCAUAGAGCGAUUGAUUUUGAGGUCUCAAGGCAGGUUGUUCUCCACGGUCAAGGCGAAGGUGAUCAAAUUAUUCAAGAAACCCGACUUUGGGACGAUGGUUCUCAGAAAACGUUUACAAUGAGGAAAAAGGAAGGGCUAGCUGAUUAUCGAUAUUUUCCAGAACCGGACCUUCCAGAAGUGGUCCUUUCAAAUGAAUUUGUCGAGGGUAUACAUUCUUCUUUACCGGAGCUUCCAGAGGUGAAGCGCAGACGAUACAAGAAAAUGGGGCUUAGCAUGCAGGAUGUUCUCUUUAUUGUCAAUGACAUGAAUGUUGCAGAUUUCUUUGAUGCUGCUGUUGAAAAUGGUGCUGAUGUGAAGCUAGCUGCUAAUUGGAUAAUGGGUGAUAUUGCUGCGUAUUUAAAAAAUGAAAAACUAUCAAUAAAUGAGAUAAAACUAACACCUCAAGAGCUAGCUGAGCUGAUAGCUUCUAUAAAAGGUGGAACUUUUAGUGGAAAGAUUGGUAAAGAGGUGAAUCUUCUGAGUUUGUUUCUCAAAUUCAUUGUCCAUUUAGUUUAACCAAUAUUGCUGCAUGAAUUUGAGAAAUGCCACUAUAUUCUGAACUAACUAGAA